UCAGUAUAGUCAACGACGUGACGACGUACGUUACUCAGGUUUUCCUCCAAGUUUCUUUACACAUAUUUUAUUAACCAAAAAUGUCUGGCCGUGGUAAAGGUGGAAAAGUGAAGGGAAAGGCAAAGUCUCGUUCCAAUCGUGCAGGAUUACAAUUUCCCGUCGGUCGUAUUCACAGAUUGUUGCGUAAAGGCAACUAUGCAGAGCGUGUAGGAGCCGGAGCUCCGGUUUACCUGGCUGCUGUUAUGGAAUAUUUGGCUGCCGAAGUUUUGGAAUUGGCAGGUAAUGCCGCCAGAGAUAACAAGAAGACCAGAAUUAUCCCUCGUCAUCUUCAACUAGCCAUCAGAAACGACGAAGAAUUAAACAAAUUGUUAUCUGGUGUGACCAUAGCUCAAGGCGGUGUUUUGCCUAAUAUUCAAGCCGUUCUGUUGCCAAAGAAAACCGACAGCAAAACCAAAUAAACAAUCUUGACGGUUCCUUACCUAGCAGAUCGCAACCUAAAAUCGGUCCUUUUCAGGACCAACAA